CAAACCGACUGACUGGAGGUCUGCAGCGGACUCCGCCGGAGCAGCCGACACUGAAAUAGCAGGGAAAAGUUCUCUUUAACUACCUCUGCGGUCGUGACAGGAAACCGAGAGACGCCUCGGGAGUUUUCCACAGCCCACCAGUCCCUCCAGUCAGACAUGAGGAGCCCUCCAGGCCUGGGUUGCUGAACAGUUGAGGUCACAGUUCAAGCGCUUGUUCCCGGGCAGUCAUGGCUGACAGAGAGGGGCUGCCUAUGGCCCCGGGCCAGGUCUACAUCGAGGUGGAGUACGACUAUGAGUACAAGGCCAAAGACAAGAUGGUGGCUAUCCGCCAGGGAGAGUGCUACUUGCUGGUGAAGAAGACCAACGAGGACUGGUGGCAGGUGAAGAAGGAGGAGGGCACAAAGGCCUUUUACGUGCCGGCGCAGUACGUCAGGGAGGUGCGCCGGGCGCUCAUGCCCCCCCAGAAGCCCACACUGAGGGCCAAGCCCACCGUUUUGGAUAUUUGCCGGGCAUCCAAUGAAAACCUCAACAGACCCCAGCCGGAAAUGUCCAGCUUCGGACGUCCGUCGCCUUCCUCCACCCCGUCACCGUCCUCUGAUCGUGUCACACCGCCAGUUCUAUCCAAGGAUGCUAACCAGAACGUGGGCAGUCCGCAUCACUGCAAGGUGGUAGCAGAACUGGUACUGCUUCACAACAACAACAACCAUCAACACGCCAACAAUUCCACGUUGCCACGGACACGGGCGGACUCGCCUCCGCUCAAAGUGGGGAACAACCAUAACAGAAGUCCAGACAGCGACAAGACCUCCCCGCCGAGCGAGCUGCCAGGAGAGGGGCUGAGCAAGCUCCGCAAUGAUUCUGAGUCUGGGGACGAUCUGAGCAGCAGCUCCACAGAGCACAUGCAGACAACAUCGCCCACAGGUCAGGGCCGGUCCGACUCACCGGUCUACACCAACCUCCAGGAGCUGAAGAUCUCCCAGUCCAGCCUGCCGCCCGUCCCCUCCGGCUCACCUCUCCACAUCCUGGGCGACUGGGAGACCCACAAAGACCUGAGCGGCAGGCAUUUCUACUACAACCGAGCCACGGGGGAGCGGACCUGGAAGCCCCCGCGCACCAGGGACACCAGCGGCAGCACCAGCAGUUUCCGAGGAGACAGCCAGGGUACAGCGGACAGCGAGCUGCUGUCCUCGGAGGAAAACUACCACAGCACCCAUUCCAGCCAGUCUGACAGCCAGUACGGGUCGCCCCCUAGAGGCUGGUCUGAGGAGCUGGAUGAGCAUGGACACACACUUUAUGUGUCUGAAUACACACAGGAGAAGUGGAUAAAGCAUGUGGACGAACAAGGCCGACCCUACUACUACAGCGCAGACGGAUCCAGGUCAGAGUGGGAACUGCCUAAGUACAAUAUCUCCCCUCAGUCCGGUGAGGUUCCCAAGAGUCGCAGUCUGGAGAGGAAGCAGCAGGAUCCCAUCGUCCUCACCAAGUGGAGACAUAGCACCUAUGUGUUAGACCUGAACGACAAGUUCUCGUUCAAACUCUGGCGGUUCACUUCCGAUCCGCACCGGAGGAGAUUCCGUCUCUCUCUUUACCGAGAUAAAGAGUGUGCUCCGGUGCCCAAGCAGAGCUCUCCAGACUCUGACUCCUGCCCCUCAUCUCCUAAGCACCCCUCGACCCCUUCAGAGAAGUGCGGAGUCCUCAAUGUCACAAAAAUCACAGAACAUGGAAAGAAAGUCAGGAAAAACUGGACGUCGUCGUGGACCGUGCUGCAGGGAUCCUCUCUGCUCUUUGCGAAGGGCCAGGGGAGCAGCACCAGCUGGAAGUUUGGCAGCAACCAAUCGAAGCCCGAGUUCACUGUUGAUCUGCGAGGGGGGUCUGUGGACUGGGCCUCCAAGGACAAGUCCAGCAAGAAACAUGUCAUCGAGCUGAAGACCCGUCAGGGGACAGAGCUGCUGAUCCAGUCAGAGAUUGACAGUGUGAUCAACGACUGGUACCGGGCCCUCACAGAGACCAUCAACACACACGCCUGGGAGUCAGAUGAGGCCAUUGAGGAGGACAUGCCCGAGUCUCCUGGAGCUGAGAAACAGGACAAGGAGAAAGACCACCGGGACUCCAAGAAGAACAGAGUGAUGAAGACCUCCGUGAGCAUGGACUCAUCGGACCAGAAGAAAACCAGGAUGAAGCUCAAGAAGUUCCUCACACGUCGACCCACAUAUCAGGCUGUCAGAGACAAAGGAUACAUCAAAGAUCAGGUGUUUGGCUGCAGUCUGACCAGCCUGUGCCAGCGGGAGAACACAUCAGUGCCCAACUUCGUCAAGAUGUGCAUCGACCAUGUGGAGAACACAGGUCUCAACAUCGACGGCUUAUACAGAGUGAGUGGGAACCUGGCAGUGAUACAGAAGCUCCGCUUUGCUGUGAAUCACGAUGAGAAGGUGGAUCUGAAUGACAGUAAGUGGGAAGACAUCCACGUCACCACCGGAGCUCUCAAGAUGUUCUUCAGGGAGCUUCCUGAGCCGCUCUUCACAUAUGGAUCCUUCAACGACUUUGUUAAUGCCAUCAAAUGCUCAGACUACAAGCAGAGAGUGAAUUCAAUCAAAGACCUAAUCAAGAAGUUGCCAAAACCGAAUCACGACACAAUGCAAAACCUGUUCAAGCAUCUGCGGAGGGUGAUUGACCACGGAGAGGCCAACCGCAUGACCACCCAGAGUGUGGCCAUCGUGUUCGGACCCACGCUCCUCCGGCCCGAGACCGAGACGGGCAACAUUGCUGUCCACAUGGUCUACCAGAACCAGAUAGUGGAGCUUAUACUGCUCGAGUACGAAAGCGUCUUCGGGAGGUAGAGGCGCCCCCGCUCAGAAGAGGAUGCAGGGCUUUUCAAAGACAGACUUCUUUCCCUUUAUCCCCCUUUUCUUUGGCUGAACUGAACAAUGCUGUGGACCAAGCAGUUGGGAGAAAAUAAUCUCAUUUACAUUCAUUGACCAGACAGUUUACGAAAGUGUUGCACUUACAGAAGUUUCGGAGAUGAAUUUAAAAGAGGUGUACAGAUUUCACUCGCUUUUUCAGUUGCCAUUCCUGCUGCGCGUAGCAGUUUGGGCGAUGGACAGUGUUUCAUGGUGAUGCCGUGAUGACGUGUGGACGUCCGUGUGAUUUGGUGGAUUUGAGUAUUCAGGUGUUUUCGCAUACACUGGAUCCCUGUGGCCAGUAAUUCAAGCUUCAGAGUGCAGCCGGUGGCACCCUUCGAAUCUUGGUGGAAUCCGGCUGGACCGUAGUGGAUCAUGGCGGCCACAUGCCGCCUCCGUGGCAUUAACCUCCUCGCCAUGCCGGAGGAAUGAGCUGGAUCUGAACUGGAUACGUUUUCUGUGUCGUGGAGCUUUUGUCUGUGAUGUGUCCGCCCUCUGUGGUUUUGGAUCAGGUGGAAAAAAAUAAAUAAUCAGUGUUAUGUGAACGGACUGUCUUUUGGCACUUGGAUGAACUGGAGUCACAGAUCGUGUCCCCACAGUCCCACUUACUUUAGUGACACCAUCAGCCCCCCUUCACCUUCACUUCCCCCUUUCAACCAGUGUUAACCAUUAACCCCGUGACAUGAGCGUCCCGUGACUUGAAUGACGGAGCACAAACCCUCCGUUUGUGUGUGUGUGUGAGUGAGUGAAUUAACCUAAAUGGAGUAAAACCUGAGCGGACGCAUCCUCGUCUUGCCUCUUUGUACAAACUGUGUGUCGUGUAGUCUAACGUGCUUUGGUAAAGUUUGCGUUAAGCUGCCCGGGGUCAUCGUCAUCGUGCUCUUUUAUGAACUUCAGUGUUAGUGUCCGCAGCGGCCGGAAAACAUAACCGAGAUCGUGGUGUUACUGGGAAAACGACAAAGUGGAUUUUCUGGGAACUGCUAUGUUACCAUUUCACAUGAAUUGUGUCUGACUCUCUCUCCUCACCUUUGCUAAUGUUAAAGAGUAUUCAGAGAAGGGAAACGGUGGUGAGAGUAAAGGCUGAUGUAUGGGAGUGUAUGGGUGUUAGACUGAAAAGAAGAGCCUUUAAAAACCUUUCAGAGCAUAUGUACAGUUACAGAAACUAGUUGUUCAAAUGUGUUAUAGUGACUGAAGUGUGUAUGCUUUGAUGGUGAACCAGUGAAAGCUGAUUUUGAUUUUGUAAAUUUGAAUUAAAACAUGAGAAAACACAGAUUGUGGGGAAAAAACAAAACAAAAAAAAAACACGAUCGACUGUUACUUCUGUUUGAAA